CUUCCCUGCGUUGAUCCGGGAUCCUGGCAGCGUCGGACGAGGAGGCGGCAAGAGCGCCGGGACCGCCCGCCCGACGGACGAAUCCCCAGCGCCCGGCCCGGGGAGGUCCCCGACCAGCUCCUCGCCAAGGCGACCCAGGAAUUUUCAAAAACCCAUCCUAACUAUUUGAUUGCUGGUGCCAAUGAUGCUUCCCAAACCUGGGAUCUAUUACUUCCCCUGGGAGGUCAGUGACGGCCAUGUUCCUGACGGGAGCACACUGCGAACAUUUGGCAGGUUGUGCCUCUACGACAUGGCACGCUCCCUGGUGACCCUGACAGCUAAGCAUAAAUCUGAUCAGUACCAGCUGCUUGUGUGUACCAAAUUGGUGGAGCCAUUCCAGGCACAAGUGGACUCCCUGUACAUGGUCCUUGGGGAGCUGGAGCAUGAGGAGGACGGAGGUUCCGUGGUGAAGGCCCGAGUGCUGACCUGUGUGGAGGGGAUGAAUCUGUCCUUGUUAGAACAAGCCAUCUGUGAACAGAGGCUGUACCAGCAAAAAAGGGACAAGAAGGGAAUAGCGACCACCAGCACCUACCAAACCCUUCCACCUGCUCCUGAGCCACUACAGACCGUAGACACUCCCCCCGAGUGACAGCCUGAAGAGCAGAGGGGCAGGUGCCCCUUCCCAGAACUUUGGACUGGCCCAUAAAUCAAAGCCCAAAGAGCAAGUGUUGAGAUCUGACACCCCAUGCCAACAUGGUGACACAUGCCUGUAAUCCCAGUGCUUGGGAGGCAGAGGCAGGAGAAUGAGGUAUUUAAGGCCAGUCUGACUACACGAUACCCUGUCUCAAAAUCAAAACAAAAAUUUCUGACUCCCCCCCAAACACCCCCCAAGAGACUACAGGGAGUGAGCUGCUGGGCCCUGGGGCUUAUGUGGAGCCUGGAGGGUUCCUGGAUGUCCUUGUGAAUAAAGGGUGUCAUCUUA